UCGUAAAUGUCAAAAUACGCGUACUGAAAUUGGCCUCUUAGCUGUCUGUCGUCACCAAUUUCCAUUUCCCAAUUGGUUUCCCAGGUCACCACAAAACCCUAAAUCUCCAAUUGAAAGAUCUCUGAUUUACUCGAUUCGUUUGGAUCUAAGAAAUGAGACGACCUCUCAUCUUCCUUCUCCUAUUUGCUCCGCUAAUUGAAUGUUUGACCAGACAAGCAGCCAUCACAGUCCCAGAACCAGAGACCGCGACUGCCCUCUCCAUUCCACAUUCCUCGCCUUCCAACCGCUUCAAUUCUCUCCUGCCGAAGCUUGGAAAUGAUAUAACGCUGGUUGUUGCAUUGGAUGGGACCAUAUAUAUGGUCAACACUAACCCAUGGAGUAUCCUGUGGGGCUUCUCUUCUGGGGCCCCAAUUCAUACUUCGUAUCAGGAUGCCAGUUUUUUAAACAAUACUAGGAGUGAUGAUCACUUCAUUGAUUUGGGCGAAGACGGGGCGCUCUAUAGCCAUACCCGCAGCGGAAAAGAGAAAUUGUCAUCGAGUGUAGAAGAAUUCAUAGGAGGUGCUCCGUAUUGGUCAAAGGGAGGAGUCACAACGGGAUCAAGGAGGAACACUGUGUUCCUUGUUGAUGCCAAAACCGGAAAACUAAUUCACAUGUAUAAAUCCGCUGACACUCCGUCCAAGUUAGUGGUUUGGAGUACUGAAAGUGAUCUGUCUCCGAAAGUGAAAGAUGCUCACGGGUUGGUAGAGUCCGGUUCCAUAGGCUUGGAAACCGUUGAACAUAUGCUUUACAUCGUGAGAACAGAUUAUGAAAUCACACAUUAUUCUUCUGGUAAGGUUGUUUGGACCGUGACAUUUGCUACAUUUGAAUCUCGCCCUCAAAUAUCUAAUGCUGGAAAUGAGCUUGCUUUAAGACACAGCAGGGUUUCCGACUCAAUUUUGCCUAGUCAGAACAAAACUUAUAUCUCCCGUACUCUUGAUCCCAUAUUGACAGAGUAUCUUUCAAAAUAUGCUGGGAUAAAUGAUAGCCAUUCUGGAGACAGUUCUGCCUAUGAUCGUUCCCCUAAUGUCAAUGUUCCUGCGAUUAUUGAAGAGAAUCAUCCAUCUCAUGUUCCUGUGAUUAUUGAUGAGAAUCAUCCAUCUCAUGUUCCUGCGAUUAUUGACGAGAAUCAUCCAUCUGGCGGCAAUGAAGGCAUAAUGGCUCAAGCUGUAACAAAAUUACUGUCUCUCUGUCUCACACUAUUGUCCAUUGUGGUCUGUAUCUUUCGCUAUCCAAGAGCAUUUCGAAAACAACAUAAACUCAAACAGGUGGCUGAGGAAACUAAGAUGCAAGCUGGGGUUCCAAAGAAGAAGAGAACCCGUAGACUGGGAAACAAUAAGAGAAAUUCCAUUGAUGUUAAGAACAUGAGCAAUACGUCACAUGAAGAUAAGGUUGGAGAAUCUAAAUUUUUCAUACAAAAUGAAAGAAGUGAAAUGAAGUUUCUCUUGACCUCAGCUGAUCAUCUUGAUGGUCAAAUAGAGGGACGCAGGAUUGGCAAGUUGUGUGUUUCCAACAAUGAAAUUGCUCAGGGAAGUAAUGGUACCAUUGUACUUGAGGGAAUCUAUGAUGGUCGUCCAGUAGCUGUUAAGCGUCUUGUGAGGACUCAUCAUGAUGUGGCUUCCAAAGAGGUUCAGAAUCUUAUUGCUUCUGAUCAGCAUCCAAAUAUUGUACGUUGGCAUGGAGUGGAGUAUGAUCAAGAUUUUGUUUAUCUAUCCUUGGAGCGUUGUACAUGUAGCUUAUAUGAUCUUAUUUAUUUUCACUCUGGGUCCAUUCAAAGCCAAAUCACCACGGAUCAGGAACCCCGCUUUUGGACUGAGUAUAACACUCGAUUGCAUUCCAUGAUGGGAAAUAACAAGGACAUUGAAUUGUGGAAGGCAAAUGGAUACCCUUCACCCCAGUUGUUAAAAUUAAUGAGUGAUCUGGUUUCUGGGCUUGCCCAUUUACAUGAACUUGGAAUUAUACAUCGGGACUUAAAGCCUCAAAAUGUUUUGAUAAUAAAGGGCAGGUCUUUAUGUGCCAAGCUUUCAGAUAUGGGUAUCAGCAAGCGCCUACAAGGGGACAAGUCUUCCAUAACCCAGCAUGCUACUGGUUAUGGUAGUUCAGGCUGGCAAGCACCUGAACAACUUCUCCAUCUGCGCCAAACGCGUGCAGUGGAUUUGUUUAGUUUAGGCUGUCUACUCUUUUUCUGCGUCACUGGGGGCAAACACCCUUAUGGUGAUAGCAUCGAGCGUGAUGUAAAUAUAGUGAAUGACCGCAAAGACUUGUUCUUAGUAGACACUAUACCAGAAGCUGUAGACCUUUUUACUCGUCUCUUGAAUCCCAACCCUGAUCUUCGGCCAACAUCCAUGGAUGUGUUGCAUCAUCCUUUCUUCUGGAGUUCGGAGACAAGACUUUCAUUCCUUCGAGAUGCUAGUGAUCGGGUUGAAUUGGAAGAUAGGGAGAAUGAGUCUGAACUACUAAAUUCAUUAGAAAGUACUGCAGCGGUGGCUUUAAAUGGGAAGUGGGAUGAAAAGAUGGAAUCUGCAUUUAUAAAUAACAUUGGACGAUACAGGCGUUACAAGUUUGAUAGCGUUCGUGAUUUACUACGAGUGAUACGGAACAAGUUAAAUCACUACAGGGAACUCCCUGAGGAAGUUAAGGAGAUAUUGGGUCCAGUUCCUGAGGGGUUUGACGGAUAUUUUUCAAGUCGAUUUCCCAAACUGUUAAUCGAGGUGUAUAUAGUGUUAUACAGGUACUGCAAAGAGGAAGAGUUCUUCUGUAAGUAUAUAAAAGGCAAUCAGAUGUAACUGCUCUCUAGAAAAGCUGUCUUCAACCUUCCACAUUGUUGACCUGUUUCCAUGAAUUAACUUAAAAAUUGUAGCUGGAAAUUGCAUCAUAUGUAUAAACACUAACAGUGCCACGAUGAAUGAACGUGAUUAUUAAUUAUUACUA